AUGGCUGCCGUCAACAACACAGUACCGUUGUUGCAUCCUAUAACAUCAUUUGCGAUCCCAACGGUCAACGCGGAAUGCGCCUUGGACGAGACAGCAACUGAGGUGUCAUACAGACCGCCAGAAGUUACUGAUGUCAUUGACUUCGCUACCGGGGAGACAUUCCAAACGUGCCGUGUGCCUGUUGUGCAGAGUAAGCGACUCUCGGGAUACGUCCCGUUACCCAUCCGAUACCAGGCGGUAUGGUUGCAAUUGACAUACUGUAUCAUCCUGUAUACCAAUAUGAGGAGACUUUGGGAGGAGGAGGAGCAGAAAAAUACAAGGAGGGCGUCCAAGGAGAACGCUGCCAUUCUGCGGAAGAAUUCCGGUGCAUUGGUUGCACAACAUAUGCUGGCUAGAUUGCUGGCUGUGGAUGAAUUAGUGAGCCUAUCGCACGACACCUCCAUACCCGGGAACGAGAGCGUCCGCAUUCUCGACGAAUGGAAGAUUCGCUGGUCGAGGGACUGGUUCAACACCACCUAUGACAAGGUCUUCGCCGCUGGUGCAAAAUUCUUGAAUGCAGAUCCCAUCCCCCAAGAAAAUGUAGAAUUAUUCGAAUCAGACUGGAAUGUAGAUGAAGAGGGCAAAUGGUUGUUAAAGCCCCCUGCAGACCUGGGGGAUUGGUUUGACGGCGAGAUCAAGGGGCUCGACGCCAUCUUCGAAAAGACCUUGAAAAAGCAGGCCCUGGCUUCCUUGAAAACACCAAGCGAUUACUCCCAGCACCAUUACAACGAUAAAGCUGUGUUACCAGCAAGAUGGCAUGAAGGACACGAACCUACUCCAUAUUUCUGGAGCGUGAAACAGUGGACAUGGGUCGCCAAAGGCAACUCCAUGUGGGAGAAGCCAAUCGACUUGCUGUAUUUCUGCCUGACAGAACACCCUCCUUUUGUCACUGUUAUGCAGUUCGCGAAGGUCCUGAACUGCCUCGUUAGAAUUGUGGCUCCCAAUCCAAAGCCAAAGCAGGUCCGUUUACUUGCAUCCCAGCUUUGGUCGGGACAGAGGACCUGGAGCGAGUUUGUGGAAGCCCUCCUUCGAGAUCACUUUCGUAAUGCCAGCGCCUACACCUCUGAAAAACCAGAUCCCAACAAUGGUUUUAAUACCCUAGAGGCUCGUUUGGUCCUGGAAGGAUACGUUCGGCGGCACAACAAGGACGAACCGUGGGAUCUCGAAGAUGACGUGCUAUGGAAUGCCCUCACAAGGGUCACGUCGAUGAAAUACAAGUCCGGUUGGGAAUGGAUCGUUUCCCAGGUUGCGUCCAACAGCGAUGUUUCACAGGUAUUGAGGGCAGCCGGGCCUUACUGGCAAAAUGCGAAUCAGUCGGCCGAAAUCGAGCAGCAGAGUACUCUCACAGGGAAUGGAACCACAGGUCAAGAGGAGGAGCUCAAUGAAGCAAUGGAAGAAGAAAGGGUGCAAAAUGUCCAACAUCCUAUGAGGGGAGAUGGGCCGGAUGGCUUCCAUCACCAUGGCAGGCCUCCUCGUCCAUCUUCCAGUCACCCGCAGCCACCUGCUGUUGGACCUACAUUUGAAGAGGACCUGGCCUGUGUGCACUUCAAGGAAUUCCUCGAGCAUGGGUCCCUGGAACGUUAUGAAGCCAGGAUGCGGACCGCCUACCCCUCGGAUCAUCUGCCGAUCAUCAAGGACCAUGUGGCCAACAUCAGAGCUUGGUCUGCGACCAACAGCGGCCCUCCAUCCAAAGCGUUUAGCGGCUUUCGUCAACGUUUGAUGGCAGCGGAGGCCAGGCUAGAAUCUGAACGUGUGCAAGAAGGUUUGUUGUGA